CCGCCCCAACCCUUCGGCCGCCCGCCACCACAACCCUUCGCUCGCCUCGAAGACGCCACCGGUGGAUGACGCCAUGGCCCUCCGCAGCGUGGGGCGCCGCUCGAGGGCGCAGGAGAAUCUCGGCCGAACGGAGGAGGCUCACCGACAGCGGAUGCGCCCGCCGGUGCCAAAUGAUGGCUAUCCCUUCAGGGCGCACCGCGCCGCGGACGGUGCCAAAGAUGCUACCCCGCGAUCCAAAGGCAGCGACGCGACUCCGAGUCGCAGCACGUCCUUGCCUCCGUUGCAGAGCCCGCGGCUGGCACGCUCCGCACCGGCAGGUCUAGACCUGGACCUCAAGGCAGGCGCCCCACCACACACGCCUGACGCCACUCCCGGCUCGGCCUCCUCUCCAGGUGGCCACGAGGACUCGUGCACUGUUGGUCGCCACGAGGACUCUGAGGACGACGAGGAGUUCUUAGCGGACCUGCAGGAGUUGGAUGAGCUCACGGCGCAUCUGGCGCGGCGAGGCGACCCGUCCUCGGCGCGCGACGCGCGGCCGCCUACGGCGUCCUCGGUGUCCACCACGGCGCCUGCUAGCUCCUUGGCCACGGCCUCGGUGGCCAACGGGGAGGAUUAUGCCGAUGCGAAUGAGGAUCCGUUCGAGCAGUUGCAAGGAGCCGUGCGCGUGCACCAGGAGAUUGCUCAGCUGCGCUUGCCCCAUGGUUGCCGCCUGGAGACCAGCCAAGCCUCCUUUGCCCAACUCUUCUUCAGCAUGGAUGUGGCGGAGGGGCCUUUCACACCGGCCUCUUUGGUCUUCUGGGUGAAGAUCUUCGCAGAGUAUCCGCUCCCCGGGAGUGUGAGUAUCCGUGCCACGAAGCGUAUCUUCCAUCCCAGCAUCGACGCGCAGACCGGGGCCGUCGCCUUUCCAGGAGAAGAAGCUCCCAAGGUGAAGUUGGCUUCGAUGUUAACCAGCUUGGUGCGGAUGGUGAAGUCACCCCAGCCGGUGGCUGAGCCGCGGAAUGCGGAUGCCUCCUCCUUGCUCUCCACGGAUCCCGCCGAGUUCCGGCGUGCGGUGCGGCUGGCGCUCUCGGGCGGCGAGGUGCUGGACGUGAAAUACGACCGGGUGCUGGGCCUCAAGGCCGAGUCGCAGCGUGUGGGAGCGGAGGCACCGAGGAGGGCCUUGUCGGAACAGAUGAGGCUCGACCUCAUGCAGCUGGAGGUGAUGAAGGAAGACUUCAAGGCCACAGCUGCCUCGUACAUGGAGUGCAACAAGGUGCAGUUGCAGCACAUCGGCCAGUCUCCGUGACGGCCAACCGUGUUGAAGACGGCCACGCGUUCCGUGACGGGUUGGUGCGGGCAAGAAAGGAGAAAGGGGGCCAGAGAUGUGAAGACCUUAGGAAGUCCUGUUCGAAGAAG